AUGUCGAUUAAGGACAGUCAAUUUAUCGUAAGCGGUCAGCCGCACAAAUCUGACAUUACUGCUGGUUGUGCAUCGUUGGGCACGUUCGUACGACGAAAGUUGUUGCAGAACGGUUCGGAUAUAGCUUUGAUCGAUGGUGUCUAUGGAACUGAAGUUACGUACAUGGAGCUGCUGGAGCAGGGCGCCCGAGUUGCUGAGUGUUUACGUCGGGAGGUUGGCAUACGUAGCGGUGAUGUAAUUGGUCUAGUAUCCGAAAACCGGAUGGAAUUCCCGGUAGUACUGAUUGGUUCAUUUCUGCUAGGUGCCACAGUUGCUCCUAUCAACCUCACCUAUUCCGAACGUGAGUUCGUGCACGCUUUCAAUUUGUCACGGCCUCGUGUCGUAUUUCUGUCACCCUUUUCUGCCGACCGGGUAGUUGCAGCUGCCAAGCAGUGUAGCGACUUUAUAGAAAGACUUGUAUUGUUUGGGGAUGAGAAUCUUUGUGAAAAUGUGUCUUCAAGUGUAGCUUACACACUAAUGGAACAUUUUCUUGCCCCAGUUUCCUUUGUUAAUCCGUUUGUGUUUAAUAUUUCACCUACGAACGUAUAUGAGCACGUAGCAUUGAUCAUGUGCUCAUCCGGUACGACAGGACUACCCAAGGGUGUGCAACUGACGCAGGCGAACGUGAUGGCCAGCGUGGCAUUGACAGAGGAAGCGUCAUCGUUAACGAAAGCGCAGGAUCCUAUGGUGGUGCUUUGUGUGUUGCCCUGGUUUCACGCAUUUGGUUGCCUAAGCCUCAUAAAUGUGCUGUGCAUUAAGGAGCGCAUGGUUUCAUUGCCCAAGUUCGAAGCCUUUCUUUAUCUUGGUUGCAUUGAAACUUAUGGUUGUAAUACACUGUUGACAGUGCCACCCAUUGUGCUGUUUCUGGCGAAACAUCCGCUCGUCGAAAGCUAUGACCUUAGCAGCGUUCAAACAAUCAUUUGUGGAGCUGCUCCACUUUCACGUGAGACGGAGCAGCUACUACUGCGACGGUUGCCUCAUAUAAGUCACGUUCGCCAAGGCUAUGGUAUGAGCGAGCUUACGCUAGCCACUCUUAUCCAGAGCGGAGACGAUCACAAACCAGGAAGCGUUGGUCGUGUCCAAAUAGGGACACAGGUAAAGAUAAUCGACCCAACCACUGGCCGAAUCCUCGGACCAAAUGAGCGUGGAGAGCUAUGUUUCCGUGGCACGCAGGUGAUGAAGGGGUAUAUUGGCGAUGACCAGGCAACGCGGCACACGAUCGACGCAGACGGUUGGCUGCACUCUGGUGAUGUUGGAUAUUAUGAUGAGGAUGGUGAGUUUUUCGUUGUCGAUCGAUUGAAGGAGCUGAUUAAGUACAAAGGCUACCAAGUGCCUCCAGCGGAAAUUGAGGCAGUUCUGCUUACUCAUUCAGCUGUACUUGAUGCUGCUGUAAUCGGUGUACCGGAUAACGCAGCGGGCGAGCUCCCGUUGGCAUUUGUUGUACGGCAGCCAGAUGAGGCCGGAGCUGCCAUCACUGAAACAGACAUAGUGAAGUAUGUAUUUGAUCGAACGUCAGCAGCAAAACGGCUGCAUGGUGGAGUUCGCUUUAUUGACGCUAUACCGAAGAACCUCAGCGGAAAGGUUCUUCGUCGCGAAUUACGAGAAUUGGCGGGUGCAGAGCUUCAACGUGCGAAGUUGUAA